UCACACACCAAAAACCAUCAGUUAAUUAUUUGGCCCCAUCAUUAAUACUUAUGUUUUUAUGUUGUUCUUGGUUGAUAAUUUUAUUAUUUCUAGGAUUUAAUAGCUUCAUUAGAUUUUCUUAUAAGAAAUGGAAUCUAUGUUCAAGAUAUGGUUGGUGAUGCCCAUUCUUUUCUUGUCUUCAAGCUAUUUGCAUUAUUGUGUCAAUGGUAAAUCUCAAGUUCCUUGUGUUUUUAUCUUUGGAGACUCUUUAUCUGAUAGUGGAAACAACAACAAUCUUCCUUCUUCUCCGAAAUCUAAUUACAAACCUUAUGGAAUCGACUUUCCGUUCGGCCCAACUGGAAGAUUUACCAACGGUCGAACUGCAGUCGACAUAAUAACUCAACUCUUGGGAUUUGAGAAAUUCAUUCCACCAUUUGCAAACACUAGUGGUUCAGACAUACUCAAAGGUGUGAACCAUGCAUCUGGGGGAGCUGGAAUUCGUAACGAAACAAGCAAGGUUACGGGUUUUGUUAUCAGCUUGGGAUUACAGUUAACAAAUCACAGAGUUAUAGUUUCUCAAAUUGCUGGCAGACUUGGAAGUCUUGAGAAAGCUCAACAAUACCUGAACAAAUGCUUGUAUUAUGUGAAUAUAGGAAGUAAUGAUUACAUAAACAAUUACUUUCGUCCACAACUCUAUCCAACAAGCCACAUUUAUAGUCCUCAGCAGUAUGCAGAAGCUCUAAUUCAAGAGUUAUCUUUGAAUUUACUGGCUCUACAUGACAUUGGAGCAAGGAAAUAUGUGUUAGUUGGGUUAGGCCGCUUGGGCUGCAUUCCGAAUGCCAUCUCUAAUCAUGGAACAGAUGGGUCUUGUGUUGAUGAGGAGAAUGCUCCUCCAUUCAUUUUCAAUGUGGAGCUUAAAUCUCUAGUGGAUCAUUUCAAUUAUAAGUUCUCUGCCGAUUCCAAGUUCAUCUUCAUAAACAGUACAUUAGAAUCAGAUGGCCAGGACGGCUUUUUUGUUUCAAAUGCUCCUUGUUGUCCACUAAGGUUGAUUGGAGGGUGUAUUCCUGAUGAAAGACCAUGCUAUAAUAGGAGUGAGUAUGUAUUUUGGGAUGCAUUCCAUCCCUCUGAGGCUUGGAACCUACUCACUGCAACAAGGUCUUAUAAUUCACCUAAUUCAGGCUUCACUUCUCCAAUGGAUAUCAAGCAGCUUGUUGAACAAGAAACUAAGAUGGAAUUGGAAUCUACAAAUGAGAUAACAUCAAAGCUUAGUGCCUCUAGUUAAACAGCAUGUAUAUGAUGAUGUGCUCAAGCAAAUGCUGGUGGGAGUUCGAAGAGGGUCAAGAGCAACGAACUGAUAAUCUAAAUGCUUAUAAAUUAAUAUGAAACAAUUGACAAAAGCGUAUAAAUUCUUAUAAAUUGUUCUGGUCAAUGUCAAGUCUUCAUACGAAAGAGUAAGAUUUUUCAUUUCUCUGUCUUUCUUCUAAUGGUACGAAUUUGUCGCCCCCCAACCAAUAUGAAUUCUCCAUUUUGAAGUAGUUGUUUAGUUGCAUACCAA